AUCGUCAUUCAGUGGCACAGGCAUGAAAAAGUCAAUCCCGCCAAGACAUCCAUCUUUCGCGCGUGUAUGACCUUGCUAAUAUCCAAUUCGCAUCUCUGGUUUAAUCUUAUCAACUGUAAACAUAAAGCGGUUUUCACACGAGGGCGGUGUUCAUCUCGGCGAUAACGUCACGAGGCAGGUUUUGCUCGAGCCCACCAAUGAGACGAGGCAGCUCGGUUCUUUUGGGGCACAUCGCAAUGAAUGGGUGUCGGUAUUUUACAAGGCAAAGGAGCGACCACAACCUGACGCGGAUAUUGAGGGGAUGCAGCAUCGGCACGCGGGAGCUGUCCACCAGCAGCACAGCAACGACGCGGACGCUCGUGACAGUCAAAAGGAAGGAUCUCGUCCAGUCGCCCCGCUCUUUAGUCUGCCGCCACCACCGCCAUCGAUAAAGGAGCGAUCCACCUUCUUACAUCACAGCCGACAUGCACAGCCCUGUCCGGACCGCGGCGUUGGGAACGGCGAGUGCCUGCCUUUGACCGGCCACGGAGAUCCGUUUCCAGGGGUCUCAUCUGCCUCUCAGUGCCAUCUGGAGGGGCUCUCACGGAGCAGUCAUUCUCCCCAGCACAGAUAUUCCGUUUCCCUGCAGCCCUCCCCAUCCGAUCUGCCGCCGCCGCCUCUGCCUUCGCGCAUUUCUAAUACGCGGGAUACGCGCCAAAAGAGCGCAAAUUACAAACAAGACAUCAUCGGAGAGGGGGGGCGUCGAGACCAAAACCAGUUGCUGCAGCAACCCUGUUAUAAUCAACAAAGAGACCCCUCCUUUGAGCCACUCUUGCCAAACUCUGGUCAAGGACAGAUAAAUGCACGCGAGGAAGCUGAAAAGGAGAGGCAAUUAAUUGAGCCUCAGGCUCAGUUACUGUUGGGCAGCAGCUUGCCCGUCAGCUACUGCAUCGGCGCAUCGGGGCAAGUGAGCAGAAACAAGCAGGUGCCGCUGUCGCAGCAUCAGCAUCAGCAUCAGCGGAGUGACAGAGACAGCAGCAGCGGCGGCAGCAGCAGAUACCGGGAGGGAGAAACCGCACUCUGGCAGCCGUAUCGAUGCAAGCGAGCGCUAGAGAGGAACUCGUCGGUCUCGAGUAGUGAAAACAGCAGUCCCCAGUACGGCUCCAGCAGUCAACUGUGGCCAGAGUCCCACGACAAGGAGGACAGGAAAAAUCGCGCAGGCAAACACAAGGCACAUGGUGAGCGAACAAAGCUGAGCCAUGCUGGAUCCAAGCCCUCCCUCUCCGAGAGCAGUCACUCACUCCCUCAGAUAGCCAUGAACAGCUGCAAGUACAAUGGAGGAGUGGUAAGACCACUGGGCAGCCUGGCGGCGUCACGACGCAACCUAGAAGAGCAUGACUCUGAGACCCAGCCACUCCAGACUCUUCACAGCUCCGGCCUGGAAGUGGUCGUCUCUAAGGGCAGCGGCGAGGACCCCAGCAAGGCGUCCAAUGAGAGCCUGGUCCGAGAGAGUGGCAAUGCACCACAGAAAAAAAAUAAAGAUAUAGGCUACAAGUUGGGCCACAGGAGGGCACUUUUUGAGAAGCGCAAGCGGCUUAGUGACUAUGCCCUCAUAUUCGGUAUGUUUGGGAUCGUUGUCAUGGUAACAGAGACUGAACUGUCCUGGGGGGUUUACACUAAGGAAUCUUCAUAUUCAUUUGCACUGAAAUGCCUUAUCAGCCUUUCCACUGUUAUUUUGCUUGGUCUUAUAAUAAUGUACCACGCUCGGGAAAUACAGCUGUUCAUGGUGGACAAUGGGGCAGAUGACUGGAGGAUUGCCAUGACGUAUGAGCGCAUCUUCUUCAUUGUCCUGGAGCUGCUGGUGUGUGCCAUUCACCCAAUUCCAGGCCAGUAUGUGUUCACGUGGACGGCCCGUUUGGCUUUUACAUACGUGCCCUCCGUGGCCGACGCCGAUGUGGACAUCAUCCUUUCCAUCCCCAUGUUCCUCCGCCUCUACCUGAUUGGCCGGGUCAUGCUCCUUCACAGCAAGCUCUUCACCGAUGCAUCCUCACGCAGUAUAGGUGCCCUCAACAAGAUCAACUUCAACACGCGCUUCGUCAUGAAGACCCUCAUGACCAUCUGCCCGGGUACCGUGCUUCUGGUCUUCAGCAUCUCCUCCUGGAUCAUCGCGGCCUGGACCGUUCGGGUCUGCGAGAGGUAUCAUGACAAACAGGAAGUCACUAGUAACUUCCUUGGAGCUAUGUGGCUAAUUUCCAUAACUUUCCUAUCGAUUGGCUAUGGAGAUAUGGUCCCUCAUACAUACUGUGGGAAAGGGGUCUGUCUGCUCACAGGAAUCAUGGGAGCUGGUUGCACUGCACUUGUAGUCGCAGUGGUAGCCAGAAAGUUAGAACUGACAAAAGCUGAGAAACACGUCCACAAUUUCAUGAUGGACACCCAGCUUUGUAAACGAGUAAAGAACACAGCUGCCAAUGUACUCAGGGAAACAUGGCUCAUCUACAAACACACCAAGUUAGUGAAGAAGAUAGAUCAUGCCAAAGUGCGCAAACAUCAGCGCAAGUUCUUGCAGGCCAUUCACCAAGCUCAGAAGCUCCGCAGUGUGAAAAUGGAGCAGAGGAAACUCAAUGACCAGGCCAACACUUUGGUGGACUUGGCAAAGACUCAGAAUGUGAUGUACGACCUGGUGUCAGAGCUGCAGGAACGCAGUGAGGAGCUGGACAAGCGUAUUGGCACGUUGGAGGACAAGCUGGACGCAGUCACCGGCAGCCUGCAGGCUCUGCCCUGUCUGAUCUCCCAAGCCAUAAUUCAGCAGCAGCAGGACCUCCUGGACGGUUUCAUGCACCGCUUCUGCCCUGCUUCGCUGGGCUCGGAACACUCCUGGACCCCCUCCAGACGGCGGCGCUCGCCCUCCACUGCCCCACACACUUCCUCCGACAGCGGCUAACGCAGGGCCUGGACCUGCUCGCCACUUCCAAAGGUCUCAGACUUAUUCACGUAAGAUGAUCAAGCCGAGAUAAGGACUUGUGUUAAUAAGUAGAGAAGAAUUAUCAAAAUAGUAGAUAUAUGGUUUAUGUUUAGCCAUUGUAUGGCUGUUCAAGUUAGCUUUUUUGUAAAGCCCUCAUAUAUUUACAAGACAGAGUUCAGGAAGCUGGAGUGAGUCCAGGAAACUAGUCCUUCAAACUGCGAGAUCAUGGGGUCCACGGGAGGGUGGGCCCGAGCAACGCCUGCCAGAGUGAACCAACACAGACCACAAAGGAGCGAAUCACCCACAUGGAAGCGAUUCACUGGUCCUGUAAGACAUCUGUGCCAGGAUGAGCAGCAAGAACGCGUCUGGGUGCUCUGCCAUGGUUUCAGCAUUCAGCUGGAGACGCAGGAGCACAUGACCUUACUACUGAGUAGAAUAAUGCAGGAAUGCCAACCUUAAGGAUUCAGUUCCCUUGCUCCUUUAAGGGAAAUUGGGUGCAAAUAACCUUUUUUUAGUUACAUACUGGCAUGUUAUUUUUUUCAGUGCCUGAAUGUAUAGAUUGUGGAGGGUUGUCCAUUUACAAAUUUUGGAGAUAGUUUUUGUACAAUGUUAACACGAGCAUUGCAUUCCUUUUUCAGAAACAUUCCUCUUGAAGACAUUUUUACUCGUCUGUCUUAACAAAUGCCAUUAACUCUGUCGCAGUCUUCUCUUAUUUUCCAAAGCCUUUCAAUACUUCCACCAGUUCGGCAAGGAAGGUAGGAGAGGAAAGAAAGAAGGAAAGAAAUAUAGGAAGGGAGAAAUAAAAGAAGCUAUAGUUUCUACUCAAACUGGUAACACUUUUAUUUUAACGAAAUCUGAGCUUCCAGAAGUCUUCACAUUACCCAGAGGCUGCGUUUUUUUUUUUUAAUCUGAAAUGACAGCACAUAGUGCUAAAUGCUGUGGUAGGCACAAAUGUAUGACAGGACUGAGAUUUAAACCUUGCAUGUUUCAGUGCAAUUGUGACGAAUGGAUUAUGGAUGGUUUUUCAAACGUAUGUGUGUGCUCUUUUUUGUUUUAAUUCAUUUAUUUUUACACAGAGAGUCCUUUUUAAAAUGUUGGAUAGUAUUUUUAGAGUUGCAAAUAUAGCGGUGCAGUAAUGUGGUAAUGUACAUUUAAUGCAUUCCUUGUUCUACCUAUAAAUGAAUUCCUCGACUCAAGAGAUUGACGAAUCAGUGGAAAGUAGGAGUAAUAGUAAACUAAUCAUUCAGUAAUCAUGAGAAGACCUUCUCUGAGAGAAUACAUCUGAUAGAGCAGAUGGAGAUGCUUAUGGAAGACAUAAUUGUGGCUCACAUUUGCACUUUUCAGAUCAUACCGUUAAGGCAGCUUCGAGCUCAAAUCUGUCUCUCCUGUUCACGUGUAUUUUUCAGACAUCUAUGGUUUUAAAUAAUCAUGUAACUUUAAAGCAACGGACAAUGUUAUGUGUUUGAUGGUGUAAUUCAUGGAUUUAAAGCUAAUGGUAAAUGACUACGAACCAUCACAUUGCAACUUGCUUUAGAAGAAUUUAAUAUUUAUUUUUAUUAAUUUUGACUUAAUUAAAAUAAGUAAAAAAAAAAACUAUUUCAGGCAAAACAUGCGGUAGUUAUUAUUUGUGCAUGAUUUUAUAUUCAUAAAAUAAUUUUUUGAUGAUUUUUAAUUGUUUUAUUUUGCAAGACAUUGGAUUCCUAACCAAAGCCUAUACCCUUAUCAUUUAAAAAACGAAUAUGUUUUAUGACUACAUCGAAAUAAAGCUGCACACUCACCUAAAGGUACAGACUUUGUGCACAGUUCAUGUGAGAUUGAAGCCAAAUUCCCUUCAAAACAUGCAUAUUUGCUUUUUCUGAUUUGCUUGUAAAACAUUUGUUAAAUUAUUAUUAAAUGAGAAAACGAUUUCCAAAAUUUGAGUGGCUUGAACACAACUCCAAUCCAACUUGUUUCAGUCUUGUCAAUACUAUGUUUAGGUCUUACGUAUUUCCAAUCCUCUGUUCUUGUGUACAAACGAUGCCUAAAAUUAGCAACCUUGCCAAACAACAACUCUAUUUAAACUUAAAAAAUAGAGAAUUCUCACAGCUUUCAUUGUUAAAAUAUACUUGACACUUUCAGCACAUUUUGAUAAAACAGACAUCAAAGACGAACUGAGAAAGCCGGUCAUAACAUUCAGUUCCUAAUGUAGACAAAAAUAGAAGGAAAGGCUGCUUUACUAUUCAAGCCUGCUGUUGAUGACCAAAAUCAAGUGCAAUUUAGAUCCUUGUUAAAAAUAACUGGAUGUACGAUUGCAUGGUUUUAAACUACAUGACCAUGACCUUUGUUCAUGCCUUUCUCUCUCUUUUCACUGUCAACACAGUCUAAAUGUUGUUAUGUGCCAAUUAUAAAGUAAGACUCAGAUGCCUUCUGAUGUCAAACUGCAUACACGAGUAGAUGGGACACCAAAUCACUAGAACGUAUUUUAUUGGACUACAUGAUUUUUUUCCCUUUCUGAUUUUUUCCUAAUUGCCUUUCUUUGUGAAAUAUCUGUGAAUGAUUAAACAGAGAGAUGAACUUGCAUUUUGUAUCCUCCCAGGUUGACUGUACAUAAAGGCAUGGGUUAUCAUGGUCUCGUAUGUUGAGAUCCUCUUAUUUUGUUUACAUAGAGGUAGCCCAAGAAGCUACAGUGUGGACAAAAUCUGCCCAUGUUUCAGAUAAUAAAUAUCAAAUUCUUGAGAAUAAA